AUGGCUGCAGAACCAGCUGGUGGUGGAAAUGAGGAUACAAAUGUAGGAUUUGUGAACUUCACUCCAAGGAACAUAACCAGGAUUGGUAGGCCUGCAGGUGCUGCUAGGCCACCUGAAGUGAAGACUGGAUUGGUGCAGCUGAUGUAUGCUAAUCCUUUCGCUGGCUUGGAUCAUGAGAAUCCUUACACUCACCUGACAAAGUUGUAUGAACUUUGUUGUACUGCUGGAAUUAGCCAAGCUGAGGAAGAAGCUGUAUUUCUGAGGCUCUUCCCUUUAACUUUGAUUGGGCAAGCAAAGGAUUGGUUCUUGGAUCAACCACAGACAACUUUAGCUGAUUGGAAUGAAUUGGAAAAGAAAUUCAUGACCAAGUACUUUUCUGAAUCAAAAUAUAUGGAUUGUAGAACUGCAAUUUCUACUUUUUCCCAAAGUACAGGUGAAAGUUUGCGUGAAGCUUGGGAAAGAUACAAAUCCAUGUUGAGGAGGUGCCCGAAUCAUGACUUUGACGCCAAGACACAAAUCCAUCUUUUCAGAAAAGGUCUUCAACAACAGAGCAGGAUAAUGGUGGAUGCAACUUCAGGAGGUUCUUUGAUGACAAAGUCUCCAACUGAGGCCAUUCAGAUCAUUGAGGCUAUGGCUCUAAAUGACCACCAAGAUCAACAUAUGAGAGGACCACCAAGGAGAGGAUGCGUUCUGGAAUUGGGAUCAAGUGAUGCUAUCUUGGCCCAAAACAAGCAACUGCAGCAACAACUGGAUGAAGUGAAAAAGACUCUUAGUGAUCUUCCCAAACAACUUCGGGAGAUGCAAGAUUCUUCUUCCAGGAAGCAGGUGAACAGGUGUGAUGUGUGUACUAAGGAUCAUCCAACAGAAUACUGUCAAUUACAGGAAGAGGAGGUUCACUACCUAGGAAACCAGCAGAGGCAAGGGUACCAGAACAACUAUCCCAGGGGAGGUAAUCAACAAUACAACCAACCUUGGAGGCAAGAUGCAAGGCCUUCCACCAGCAGGGCACCACCACCUUACCAGAAUCAGUCAUACCAAUAG